AUGUUUCUUUUUCAAAUGCUACGUCAAGUUGUUAUUCUUCAAAUUCUUUUCGUUCAAAUUCUUCUUCUUCAAGUACUCGAAAUCCUUCUACAAAUUCUUCUUCUUCAAAUACUUCAAAUUCUUCUUCUUCAAAUUCUUCUUCUUCUUGCUCUUGUUGUUAUUUUUGAAGACGAAGAAAAAACGCCGUGGGCAAUCGUGUAUUUUCCCACCUUCCUUAUCUUUGCAGGUCCUAAAAGUGUCUUUUUACUUUCACCAUUUCUUGUCCUCCCAUCGAUCUACGCAAGAUCGUUACGUAGUUUAUUCUCUAUUUCACUCUAUCAUUCUUACCUUCAUUAUGUAUUUUCUUCUUUCUUUCCCUCGUUUCUUCUUUAUUCCUUCUCCCUUUUUCCUUUCAGUUUUUCUUUCAUUCUUUUUCUUUUCUUUCAGUUCUUCUUUCUUUCCUUCGUUUCUUCUUUAUUCCUUCACCCUUUUCCUUUCAGUUUUUGUUUUCAUUCUUUUUCUUUCUUUUUGCUUUUCUUUCAGUUCUUCUUUCUUUCCUUCGUUUCUUCUUUAUUCCUUCUCCCUUUUUCCUUUCAUUUUUUUCAUUCUUUUUUCUUUCUUUUUGCUUUUCUUUCAGUUCUUCUUUCUUUCCUUCGUUUCUUCUUUAUUCCUUCACCCUUUUCCUUUCAGUUUUCUUUCUUUCUUUUUUCUUUCUUUUUGCUUUUAUUUCAGUUCUUUCUUUCUUUCUUUCUUUCUUUCUUUUUCUUUCUUUCUUUCUUUCUUCUCUCUUCCUUCCUUUCUUUCUUUCUCAUUUUCCUCUCUCUCUCUCUCUCUCUCUCUCUCUCUCUCUCUCUCUAUCUAUCUAUCUAUCUAUCUAUCUUUCUUUCUUUCUUUCUCGCCAUCUCUCCCUCUAUAAACAAGGAUUCUGCCAGUGAGCUUGUUCAGUCUCUUUAUUUCAUUCAUACUUUUUCUUCCUUCUUUUCUUUCAUUUUAGUCUUUCUCUCUUUUCUUUCGUUUAUUGAUUUCUUCCCAUUUCUUUCAUCUUUGCUUUAG